GAUUUAGUGACCUGAUUGUUCUAUUCUUAAAGAUGUAUGAUUUGUGUUGCUAAUUAUUUGAUAGUACUAACCAUUUGUAACUAUGGGAUCAUCGUUCUCAUCCUUCCAUCAAAAGUUAGGACUAAUCCCUAGUAUCAACGGCAGCACACAGGCCGAAGUGUAAAAUACUGUUCUGGCACUGGCAAGUGGCAACGUAUAAGGACAACCGAGUGUACCCAUGAGGAAAUUCAAACAAUCAUACAGCACCGGGGCAGCAUGCCAAAUGGUGAUCUCUCCUAACUGUAAGCUUUUCUAAGUUUGCGGACAAACUAUAACUGGACGACGUACAGCCGGCAUAGGCAGUAUUAAUAAAACAAAAGACACAGACAUGUUAUUUUUCUUUUAUUUUCCUUUCUGUCUCGUUAUAUGGUCUUCUGUCUCGUUAUAUGGUCUGAAGAACUUUUCAAGGCUCCAACACUGAUCGCGUCGAAGCAUUCUCCUUCCAUUGUCCUUACCUAUAUAAGCACCUGGAACGCCACUCAGAUGUUCGUGGAAGCGACGACGGCAGCUAAUUUUCUUCAGAAAGCAUCAUGAGGAACACUUCCUUGUGUCCCCUCAUUCUCCUCAUCUGCGUGGCGGCGUGGUGCGCAGAUGCGUCGCAGGAGGCUCGGCUCAGAGAGUUGAUCCUGUCCAAGAGGACUAGCACCCAUAGCAGUAGCAACAGCGUAGAUGAACCAAGGAUAGGAGCUACUGCCACCAGUGGCCUCCGAGCAGAGCACUCCGUCUCUGACCAGAGCGAUCAGAAGGACGCCGACAGGAUCGCCGCCCUGCCGGGGCAGCCGCCCAACGGCGUCGGCUUCAGCCAGUACGCAGGCUACGUGACCGUCGAUGAGAUGAACGGCCGGGCGCUCUUCUACUACCUUGUCGAGGCAGUCACCAACGCGGCGACCAGGCCACUCGUCCUGUGGCUUAACGGAGGUCCAGGAUGCUCAUCCUUCGGCUACGGAGCAAUGGGGGAGCUGGGCCCAUUCCGCGUCAACAGCGACAACAGAACCCUCAGCACAAACGAGCACGCCUGGACCAACGUGGCUAACGUGCUCUUCCUCGAAUCGCCUGCCGGCGUCGGGUUUUCCUACUCCAACACGACCUCCGACUACAACAAGAGCGGAGACCAGAGGACAUCGGAGGACGCGUUCCUCUUCCUCGUCAGCUGGUUCGAGAGGUUCCCGGAGUACAAGGGCCGCUCCUUCUACAUCUCCGGGGAGAGCUACGCCGGCCACUACGUGCCGCAGCUGGCAGCCACCAUCUUGAGCCACAACACUUCCAUAAACCUACAGGGUAUUUUGGUGGGCAACCCAUAUCUUGAUGAUAACAUGAACACAAAAGGGGUGACCGACUUCCUGUGGGGCCAUGCGGUGAUAUCAGAUGAGGUGUACGCCAACAUCACCAAGAGCUGCAACUUCAAUCUGUCGGAUGGAAGCGCAUGCUCUGACGCCAUGGCCGCAUAUGAUACUGCCAACACUCUCCUCUUCGACAUUUACGGACCUGUUUGUAUCGACGCACCCGACGGAAAAUACUACCCCAGCCACUAUGUGCCGGGGUAUGAUCCAUGCACCGGCUACUACAUAGAUGCUUACCUCAACGAUCCUGAGGUGCAAAAGGCUCUGCAUGUUAGAACGACCAAGUGGGCGGGCUGCACGGACUUGCACUGGAAAGAUUCGUCGGCGUCCAUUGUGCCAACGCUCAAAUGGCUCAUGGGCCACGGGCUGCAUGUGUGGUUGUUCAGCGGCGAUUUCGACUCCGUGUGCCCAUUUACCGCCACGAGGUACUCCAUCCAUGACCUUGGUGUCGCCGUCACGGAGCCGUGGCGCCCAUGGACCGCGAACGAAGAGGUUGGAGGGUACGUUGAAGCAUACACGGGCGGUUUGGUUUUUGCAUCUGUGAGGGGCGCUGGUCAUCAGGUCCCUUACUUCCAGCCUGAGAAAGCUCUGAUAUUGUUCAGCUCGUUCCUGAAAGGAACGCUUCCACUCUGUGAAAAGGGGCAGUAGUAUUAGGGACCUAAGUAAGAAUUGUGGUGUGUCAUCCAUCCAGAUAUGGUAUUGCCUUAGCAAGGAGCUUCUUUUUUGUCUGUCUUUUACCUCUUCAAAUGGACACGGGCUCUUGAAUAUACAACAAAUUUAUGGCA